CAUACCCGAUACUAACUGUGCAAUGUUAUAUUGGCUGCACUGACGCGUUAUUGCCUAACAUUAGGUUACGGUAACAGGGCGUGCCUAAAGGGGAAGCGUCUCAGACAAACACUGGGCAGAACUUCAGCACCAUUUCCUGCGAAGCAGAGCUGCUGAAAGAAAACGAGUAGGAUUAUCGUGUCCCCAGUGGAAGAUGCAUUAUUACCGGUAUAAGAAUAAGAAUCCUGAGGUGAGCUGCUGCUACAAGUACCUGAUGUUCAGCUACAACAUCGUGUUCUGGUUCGUUGGAGCUGCUUUCUUAGGCAUCGGGUUCUGGGCGUGGAGUGAGAAGGGCGUGCUGUCGGACCUGUCCCAGGUGACCCGGCAGAACGGUUUCGACCCGGUGUGGGUGGUUCUGGUGGUCGGCACAGUGACCUUUGUCCUGGGUUUCGCGGGCUGCGUGGGAGCGCUGAGGGAGAACAUCUGCAUGCUCAAGUUUUUCUGCGGGGUGAUCGGAGUGAUCUUCUUCCUGGAGCUGACAGCGGGGGUGCUGGCCUUCGUGUUCCAGGACACCCUGAGGGAGUGGAUCAGUGACUUCUUCCUGACCAACGUGAAGGGCUACCGGGACGACAUUGACUUGCAGAACCUCAUCGACUCGCUGCAGAAAACGAAUCAGUGCUGUGGGGCUCAAAACCCUGAUGACUGGAACACCAACAAUUAUUUCAACUGCACUGACGACAACCCCAGCCGGGAGCGCUGUGGAGUGCCCUUCUCCUGCUGCCUGGCUGACCCUGCUCAAGCAGUUAUGAAUACGCAGUGUGGCUAUGACGUCAGGGCCAGGCCGGAACGGGAAUGGAACACUGUGAUCCAUGUUAAGGGGUGCAUCCCUGCGCUGGAAGCCUGGUUACCCCGAAACCUCUACAUCGUGGCCGGAGUCUUCAUCAUCAUCUCACUGCUGCAGAUGUUGGGCAUCUUCCUGGCUCGUACUCUGAUUGGAGAUAUUAAGGCGGUGAACUCCGGCUUCUGAUACUGAGGGGCUGACUGCCGCAGCGUGUGUGUGUGUGUGUGUGUGUGCGUGUGCAACACACGUGUUCUGGAGUUCACAUUCCCAGCUAGUCCACAGCUCUAGCCACAGUGUAGAGGUAACAAGCUCAGAUGUGUCUUAUUAAACGCAUAAGAAAAUCAGGCACGAAUCAAACUGCUGUGCAAAUGGGUGUUACCUGUACACUGUGGCUAAUCAAGCUUGUAGUAAAACCUGGAGUGGGUGACCCUGCCAUGCAACAGGAGUCUUAUUUCCAUCCAUGUAAUGUAAUGUAAGGUUUUAUUUUGUUUUUGAGUCCCUCGGCUUUGCACUGAACAGCUUUCCGUUCCACUGAGCCAGCCCUCACUGCAGCUCGAAGUUCACAUCUGCACAGUCCUCAGUGAAAUCAUUGAGGGUGAAUCAAUACAACAGCACGCUGCUUCAACUGUACUGCCAUUUUAUUCGUUUUAUACAACAUACACACAUCCACUGACAAGACUAAAAGCAACAUCAACGUUUCAAGAUUAAAGGGUUUUCUAAAGUGAAAACAACACCAAGAAAUGAUAGUGUGAAUACUCUGAAGGGCAAGGAUCUCUUUUCAGCUUGUUGUUUAGCAUGACGAGGUGAGAUCAGUGUUAAAGAUGAUGUUUGAAGGUGGCGCUCACAUUAGAGAAUAGAUGCAAAGUUUGGAAAAAAUCACCUACAAAAAAAGUGGGCCUGCGUAGCAUUCAGUAUGCAGGAACAAAUUAGACUGUGACAACAGACAAGUUCAUGUCUGCAGAUAUAUACCCAUGGGAAUUAAAGGGGAAGCAACUCCCAUAGUAAAUAUCUGAUUUCGGGCCAUCAUUUAAAGGCAGAAUUCCUAUCGUAUAGACCCCUGCCCUUAACAAGAACAAACAUCGCUGCAGUUGCUUCUUUGUCAGUCUUAUUACUUUAAAAUCUAUUUAAAUAAAUGGAAGAAAGUUUUGCACUUCAAAUCCAAGCCAAUUUUGUUUGAUGCUUCUUCUGCUAACUAAUCGUCCUACAGCUAGCAAACUACUUCAGGAACCUGAACACUUGUGUUUUAGACCAAGAAGAAUUGGGGUUAUUUUUUAUUUUUUUUUGUACAUUAACAAAACCAAAAAUGAUAGCUUCAAUUCUCUUGGUCUUGUUGGUCUGAGAACAUUUCUUUAGCAGUGUACAGAUAUGCUUGCACUAUUGUAAAUGAUCUGCAGCUUUUAUUACUGUUCAUUGUAUUGCCUCUGAAAAUGCACGUGUGCUUGAAGCGGGAUGUAAUCCUCUUGGAGGUGCAUUAGGAGCCGGUGAAGAAACAUGCUCCGAUUCUGGGGUUGAUGCUGUCUGAUUCUUUCUGUGAUGUAGCACCAGCACAGACCAACCCUCUCAGGAACAUGUCACCAUUUUUUAAUAAUUCUUAUUUGGUAGAUUUUUUAUUUAUGUAAAAGUCUUUGAUAUUUUCGCAUUAAAGGGAAUGUACCCAUCUAAAAAGUAUAAACUGUGUAUGAUGUCAUCAUCUUUGUAAUAAAGUGUUCUAAAAGUCCAA